AUGCGGCCAUCUGCACGGCGAGGCGCCGCCGUGCUUUGCCGCGCCCAGGCAGGCGCCGGCGCCGACGCCGCCCCCAGCCGCCGCGCCGCGCUGGCCGGCGCGGCGGCGGCGCUCCUCGUGGCCGCCGCGCCCGCGGCCCUGGCAGACGCCGGCGCUGCGGCAGCCUCCCCCGCGGCGGCGCAGGCGCUGACGCGCUAUGUGGAUGAUGAGGGGUUUGCCAUCAGCAUCCCGGGCGACUGGGGCAGCGGCGAGGGCGUGCUGUCGGGCAACUCGUCGUUCUCUGGCGCCACGGGCGCGCGCCGCACCCUGGCCUGGUUCCCAGAUGACGGCUCCGCCAGUGCCAACGACGUCAACGUGACGAUCACCAUCACCAACACCAGCCUCGAGUUCACGAAGCUCGGCAGCUUCGGCAACGUGUACUCGUUCGGUCAAAACCUGGUCAACUCGAUGGACACGAGCUUCUUCCUGAGGAGCAAGGGCAAGGCAAACUCGCCGGAUCUGCAGAUCGCCAAGCUGCUGGAUGCCAACGAGCGCAAUGACAUGUACUGGGUUGAGUACACGGUGCACAAGCCUGCGCUGGAGGAGCAGCCGCGCCACCUGCUGUCGGCGGUGUCCCUCGGCUUCAACGGCCGGUACAACCGGCUCAUCACGGUGACGGCCCAGUGCCGCGAGAGCCAGGUGGGGCAGUACAAGCCGCUCUUCACGGCCAUGCUGCGCAGCUUCGAGCCGCCGAAGAAGAUGGUGCUGUGA